AUGGCUGAAGCAAACUUCUCACGACGAGCUUCUAAAGCGCCGAUGCGAAAGCCAGCGACUAUAAACCCGCCACCCUAUUAUCCGGAUCGUGCAGCAUGGUUCGACGCAACAAAGGCACCAGUAGAUAAUGCAGGUGAAAAUCUCCUCUACUUCUGGCGUGGGAUUGGUGCACGAAACGAAGAAAUCAUUGCCCUCGAGAAAGCUAUCAUCACACAAUUUACCGAAGAAGGCAUUUUCGAAGUCGACGACAUCACGGACUCCGAAACCCUCACCAAAAUGAGUUUGAUUAUCAAUAAUCUACUUAUAAAGCUACCGCACCUGAUUAUUUCUUGGCCACAAGCUCCGAUCCCGGUCCCAUGGCUAGAAGAUUGGGUGAUGGCUCUGCUCUUGGAGAUCUGGUGGAAACGUCAGAAGAGUGCCAAAGACGGAUCUGCUUAUUUUGGCGUUGCGCUACUACCUCCUGGAACUCACAUUGAUGAUAUCUCACCUGCUGAGACUUCUAUUCGGGCACCACCUGCCUCGUUGAGAGGUCUUGUGAUUUUUAGACUCCUGGUUAUGUCAGAGGAUUCCAGAACCGAAAUUGCAACCGAAGAAAUGCACGCUUACAGAGCAUUGCCUCCGGAUAGUAACAAAAUGAUCGACACUCACUACAAAUUUGACAUCCUGCGUCGAGAAUUCGAAAAUGUACUCAACUCUACCGAUGCUUUCAAAGACAACAAAAUUAAUCUCAGGCACGGGAAGUUUGGCUAUGAAGUCCGUAAGCGGUUCAAGGAAAUCAAACGACAACAGGAUUUCGAAAAUGCUGUUACCUACCUCUUCAAAGGAUUUAAGAAAGAUGGCGCUCUCGAGUUCACAUUCUACAUGGAGAACAAGAGUGAAAAAGCCAUUCGUGAGAGCCGACAAAAGGCUUCGACGAGAGUCAGGAGUCAAAAUACUGCGAAGCCAAGUCCAGGUCCUCAAUUCUUUUCGGUUGUGGAAAAUCCUCUUCCGACACGGAAAGUCACUUCAGACGAGAAAACUUUGCAGGAUUUAGAAAGACCAAGAUCUACAGAACCAAGAAAAUCAAAGGAGAGCAAUCGCGUUGCUAGUCCGAGUCAAGGAGUACACAGAAAAUCAUCUUCUGCAUCAAAGGCUAGUUCAGCACGCGCUAGGCAGUCAGAUCUCAUCGACCAAGUUACUACUUUACCUCUCUCACCACAAACUGGUCGGUCAGAGACUGUCGAGCAAGUUAUUGAAGCUCCGACCCCGGCAUCUGCGUUUUCGCUCUCGCCCACUUCGCCAAAGAAACCGUCGCCUAUCAAACGGUUCGGCAAUUAUCUCAAGAGAGGAAAGGGGAAGGCUAAGGCCCAGUCAGCAAUCCCAACUCCUUUGAAAGCGUCGCCGAAAAAGGCCGAUCCGGGCUCUGCAACUAGUUCUAUCAAACGCGGUGCAAACAACAGACCGCGACGUCCUUCCUCCACAGCAAAACCUGCACCCGCACCUCCUGCCGCCGCCGCGGUGGUGUCUACACCUGUAGCUCCACGUCGCGCUUCUCAGCCUGCCCGUGCUCGCAAUCGUCUAUCUGGCAUGUUCAAGAGACCCUUCACGCCGAUUCCUGAAUCCCCCAAGUCGGUUAUCCAAGAAAAGGUUGAAGAGGAGAAGACUGAGGAGGUCAAGGCUGCUCAACGAGAUGAGAAGUUCAAUACUUUGGGGAAAGAGCUUGAAAGAGAGACCUUUGUCAAGGGGAAAAGUGAGGAGGAUGUUGCCGUGGAUGAUAUUCUUGCGGCGUAUCGUAGGACGGAUGGGGAUAAUGAUGACGAGGAGUUUUUGGAUGAAGUGGAGGAAGAAGAGGAGGAAGCUGGGGAUGGAAGUCCUGAAUUCAAGGCUGGGCAACUUCAGAAGAUUGCGAACUCGCCGGAGCUUACACAAUUGCAAGAUCCGGAUCUUUUUAACGAAUCUUAUCCACGCUGGCUUGAAUGCUGUUCUAUGUUUAAGAUUGAUCCUGAUGAUCAUAGUAAUACGGGACUUAUCAGGAUCGCGGGUCUUAAAUCUCGCUUGUAUCCGUAUCAAGCUUUUGGCACUUGGUGGCAAAUGAGGAAAUCUCGUGAAGUUGGUGGUGGAUUCGUUGGCGAUGAAAUGGGACUAGGAAAGACUCUAUCGUUCCUGGCCUACAUGGUGGUUGAGCGACAACUCGCCUGGCUUUGGAACCAAAUCCAUCUUUCUCGUACCAAGUUGAUUGACGAUGGUAAACAUCAUAAGACCGAAAAUGACCCUCGACCUUGUCCAUCCGAGGGUGAGCGACCAUACUGGAUUUCUUGCCCGUGUUCAACUUCCAAUGUCACUUCUCAAAUGAAGCCGAAACCAGGUGUACGCGUUGCACUUGUUCCGCAACCGCUUGUCUUUACAUGGAUGGCCGAGUGGGACAAGCACAUCGAUACCAGUGAGAAGAGACUUGAGAUGAAACUAGCAGUCGCUCACCCGCCAGCCUUCGAACUAGGUGGAGGUGCCGCGAGUGUAAUUCUAGAUGCAAGAACUCCAACCUCUCGUGACCGCAUGAAGGCUGGUCGCGUUUUCUCGGACAUCAAAAAGAAAUGUGCCCAUGAUGAACCGCUGUUAGGUCAAGAACGUAUUCUUCUCCUCACGACUGCCCAGGGCUUCAAAUCUGCAAUCAAACAUUACGAAUACGAGACUGAGAUUCAAAUCACCAAGGACAAGAAGAGCACGACUAAGAAAGUGAAAAAUGCUGGUAUUGUCUUUGGUAUCGCUAUGGUUGAUGAGAUCCACGAAGCUCGUCCUAAGAAAGGAGAGAAGAAAGAUGGAAUUAUCGCAGAAGUUCCGAUUACGAAUUCGCCUUUCCUUUGGGGAUACUCUGGAACCCCUAUCACUAACUCUCCUCGUGGUCUCGAACAAUUGCUCUUCGCUCUUGAAGAUCGGUCGCCGAAACUGCGUCUUCAAAGCGGGGCAUUGCAGUCAUCAUGGCAAGAGGAUCACGAUCUUCAGAAGUACACCUAUCAGAAUUUUGAUGAGGUGUGCAAGGAGUAUGAGAGCUGGAUCUCUUCCAACACGGAAACGAAUUUGGGCGAAGAGUUCAAAGAGCGAUUCGCUCCGUUCUUGACAAAAUUCUUGUUGAGAAGAACGGCUGAGAGUAGUUGGUUUGGACGACCACUCAUCAAGCUCAAGGUGCAUUAUCAUCAUGAUGUUGUGCUCAAACAUUCUCCUGGGUACGAUAAGGAGAUUCUGGACUUCAAACGGAAGUUCGUGGAUGAGGAUAUCAAGAAAGCUGUAGCAAAACUCAAUGAGGGUGAUGCAGAGGGAAGCAAGACUCUUUCGUUCCCAGCACAGUAUACACUCGCUUCCAAGUUACGACUCUUUGCAAGUUUCCCUUACUUGGUCAAGUUUGCUCUUGCACCAAAAGGACCUGAUCAUCUGGAAUUUGAUCGUGAGGAAACUCGCAUCCGGGGCGCAUCAAGUCAGAUUCAGCGAAGUCUUUAUAGCCUGCAUCUACGGCAUAUCUGUGAAUCGUCGCCGAAGAUUGCGUGGCUCUAUAAUUUCCUGAAGGAAUUCUUCGCGAAAGCAGAGGAAAGUUGUGAUGGCGACGGAACUCGAGAACGGAAACUCAUCAUCAUGAGUUCCUUCGACCCAGUCCUAAUAAUCCUAAAACUUUUCCUAACCCGCUACUUCUCCCUCCCCCCCACAAACCUCGCAACCAUCCUCUCCUCAACCCCCACCCGCGAAGCAACCCUCCUCAUAAAAUCCUUCUCCGAACUCAACGCCACAACCCACGAACCCCUCCCAACCGCACGUCAACGCUCCAAAGCGUCCACCUCCCCCUCCACCAACCCGCUUCCAAUCCGCAUCCUCAUCGGCAACACCGCGAAGCUCGGGAAGGGACUGAAUCUCACCCGCGCCAGCACGCUCGUGCUCUUCGAACCCGAUAUCGUCUUCCAGCGCGAAGCCCAGAUUUACUCGCGCAUCCACCGUAUAGGGCAGCAUGCGAGCGAGGGCUCGAACUCGUAUCGGCUGUGGUGCGAGACUGCGACGGCUGCGGCGCGUGAUCGGAGCGCCGGCUGGCAGGGCGAGGAGUGGGAGUGGGAAUCCCGCGUCGUGGAUCGGGUUAGGAAGCGCGGGUUGGCGUUUGGACGGAAGAUGCAGGAUGUAGAUGCGCUUGGCGCGUUUGAUUUCGGGUAUGACGGGGAUGGGGAGGGGAGUGUUGUGGAUUUUGAGGCUAUGUCGGAGGUGGUGUGGGUGGGUGAUGUGAGGAGGGGGGAUUUGAAGAGGGAGAGGGAUGGGGGGGAGGAUGGGGGGUUGGGGAAUUGUGAGGAGGUGAUUAGGGGGGUUAUUGAGGUUAGGAGGGAGGAGAGUGAGGUGGGUAGGGUUUGA